AUGUUUUCAAUUUGGUUAUCAUUAUUGAUAGUUCAAUCAAUCAAUAUCAUCAUUGCAACAAGUUUACGUUGUAAUGAAGAUAUCAAUGGAUCUUUUCAUGUGAUUGAAAAUUGUCGAUCAUGUGUUAUUUUUAUUGCUCCUGCAACCUUACCUACCACUAGUACAACAACAAAAACGACAAUUUUAUCAAAAAAUAUCUUUACGUCAUAUGGUGAACCAUCAUUAGAAGAAUUGUUUUUAUUUGGUGAAGCGAAACGUCAUCGUCAUCGUCGCCGACGUAACGUUGAUACAAUAAUUCAUCAACAAUGUGCUCGAGAAUUAGAUGGUCCAUUAUAUGGUUAUGAUCAAACACAUUGUUAUUGUAAUUCUAAUCAAUGUAAUUCCAAUAUUCAACGAUGUAUUUAUGAAGUAACAUCAAAACGUCAUUUUGCAUGUUAUCAUGGUUCAAAUUCCAGUGUAUAUCCACUUGAAAUUCGUCAUAAAUGUCGUAGCUGUCGUAUACUUACUGAAUUUAAUUCCAUAUAUCAUUAUGAAUGUUUAACAUUUGGUGAACGUGAACAAAAUAAUCGAACUCAUUGUACAUGUCAACGGCCAAUGUGUAAUCAAGAUAUAUCAACAUGUCAACGAUUUCAACAAGCACCAUCUCAACCACGAUUAAAUUUAGCUCUUGAUAUUCUUUUGAAUUCAACUAUAUCAAUAACAACAACAAUAAUAACAACAACAAUAACAACAACAACAAUAUCUACUAGCACUUCUACUAUUAAAAUAUCCAGCACAACAACAACAGCAGCACCACCACCACCACCAACAACAACAACAACGACAACAACAGCAACAACAAUGACAACAACAACAGCAAAAACAGCAACAACGAACACUACUACUAGUAGUAGUAGUAUGACUACCACUGAUACUACUGCUAGUACUAGUACUACAGGCUCAACUGCAAGUUCAACUACUCUUACUACUACUCUUACUACUAUAACUACAACCUCAACGAUUGUAACUACAACAUCGUUUGUUACUACAACACCAAUCACAACUACGUUGCCAGCUAUAAUCGAAACUGAAGAGGAAAUUUCAAUUGAAAAUUCUACAAUAAUUGAAUUGACAAGUACAAAUGAAAUAACAACAUCAUUUAAUGAAAUACAACACCUUAAGACAAUGCAUAUUGAAGCUAAAAAUCAUGCAAAUUAUUUAUCAUCAAUUUUUCUUUUAAUUUGUACUUUAUUUCAAACAUUUUUUUUCUUUUUAUUUAUUCGAUGCGAUCACUAG